CUCUGUUAUUUACCUUCUCUCUCAGUGGAGAGGAGAAGAGGUCGGACGUUGAAAGAAAUGAAAGCUCACAAUAAUGGCCCAGCAGUGGCCAUUGAUUGUAAUAGGGGAAUUGGUUACUUGACGGUUUUCCUUUAAUAACGGGGUUAGUGUGUCGCUGUCUGCACUUACAUUGUUUUUGACUGCCUUUUGCGCAAGCAGGGUGUCCGUCUUUAGUACGUAAACAAACAUGACCGCUACCAUUUCCAGGCAGAGAAACGCUGCAGUCGCUGCAGACUCCUCUGGUUCUUCUUUUUCCAUUACAGCAAGCCUCCUGCGACUCUCUAAGCACAUCAAAUAUGAAAAUCUUGCAGCUGGACUCAGUGGGGGUGUUAUUUCCACAAUGGUGUUACACCCCCUGGAUCUGAUCAAAAUCAGGUUUGCAGUAAGUGAUGGUUUGAAAAUGCGACCCCAAUACGAUGGCAUGAUGCACUGCAUGAAGACCAUCUGGAAGCUGGAAGGAAUUAGAGGUCUCUAUCAGGGUGUGACCCCCAACAUCUGGGGGGCUGGGGCAUCAUGGGGCCUGUACUUCCUCUUUUAUAAUGCUAUUAAAGCGUACACACAGGAGGGACGGCAAACAGAGCUGAGUGCUGGCGAACACCUGGUGUCUGCAGCGGAGGCGGGCAUUCUGACGCUUUGCCUCACCAACCCGGUCUGGGUGACAAAGACCCGGCUGGUGCUGCAGUACAAUUCAGACCCGUCACGGAAGCAGUACAAGGGAAUGAUGGACGCCCUCGUGAAAAUAUACCGUCACGAGGGUAUCCCGGGACUAUACAGGGGUUUUGUGCCUGGGCUGGUGGGGACUUCCCAUGCUGCAUUGCAGUUCAUGACCUAUGAAUGGCUAAAAAGAGAGCAGAACAAAUAUAAGAAGAUGCCGUCUGAAUCCCUGCUGUCUCCACUGGAAUACAUCACCAUGGCAGCCAUUUCCAAAAUAUUUGCUGUAGCAGUGACCUACCCAUAUCAGGUGGUGCGCGCUCGCCUGCAGGACCAGCACAACAACUACAGUGGAAUCGUGGAUGUCAUCAGGAGAACGUGGAGCAACGAGGGGAUCGAGGGCUUUUACAAAGGGAUGAUCCCCAAUUUGGUGCGAGUCAUUCCAGCGUGCUGCAUCACCUUCUUGGUGUUCGAAAAUGUGUCACGGUUACUUUUGGAUGAGUACCACUAAACCUUCAGGAGACACAUGCGGGACCAAAACAACACAAUAUGCCAGGACUAUGUAUAUGUGUUAGAGGCGAGCAGGAAUAUGAAACAUUUCCUGUUUAACUCUGAACUCAACAAAACUGCAAUUUAGAGUGUGCACUAAAAUAAAGGUGUGCAUAUAUAUAUGAGAAGAGAUGUUGUAGUUUAUUGAGAGAUUUCAUAUUUGUGUAGGCUAAAUAUUGAACCACGAAAAAAGUGUCAUUUCAAAAUUUGAAUCGAUUUCAACUAGUCAAUAGCAAGAACUAGUCUUGGAAAAGUGGAUUCAAGCCAUCCUGUGACAAUGCAACCAAACACAAAAUUUAAGAUGUUUGUCUUUUUUUUUUUACAAUAUUUUCACUAAACAGCUGCUAUAUUUGCUGACCUAUGCGAGAGAAUGAACCCAUUUACCUUUACCCAUAAGCAGACCUCCGCUGGCUAUAGUCCCUGGGUUGAAACUCACUGGGCAUGCUCAGGAAAUGAUGUAACGCUGCAGGAUAAUGGCACACAGGCCUGGGAGGCAGGAGCAGAUUUUAACCAGAUGUGUGUAUGUAGAUCACAUCUACUGGAAGAGAGGAACUGGAAUGAAAGGAGACACAUGAAAGAAAGAGCUGUGUUAAGUAGCAACUGAGAGGAAAUAGUGUUUGUAUAUAGAAAUGUGCUAUUGUCAAUGACGCACAAAGAAGAGCUGAUGUAUGUACAAGCCAUUUUUUACACAUCUAAUAAAGGAAUAUAUGUAACAGACAAAGGACCCUGAGCUAUUGUACACACUAUGUUUUUAAUAAGAACCAACAGUGACCCUAUAAACUAUUUGGACACUU